CUAACUAUAAAAAGAUAAGAACUACAACUAAAAUUUCAAGUUCAAGUGAGGCAAAUUAAGAGAGGAGCAACCAAUUUCCUACAAUGACGAUUGUGGAGAUGUGUGUGCAUAUGGAUUGUCCAGGGUGUGAGAAGGAAAUAAGAAAGGCGCUUCAGAAGGUUAAAGGUAUUGACGAGGUGCACAUAAACAUGGUGACACAAAAGGUGACAGUUACCGGGGGUUGGCUUGACCAAAAAAAGGUACUCAAAGCAGUACGAAAGACCGGUAGAACUGCUGUAUUUUGGCCGUAUCCAUACAACCGAGAAUACAACCAAGAAUACAACCAAGAAUACAACCGAUACAAUACUCAACAUUACUACAAUCAGUAUCACGCCAGUCAUUCGCAAAAUCAUUAUGUACCAUAUGGUGCCUAUCCGUAUUCGUACGCAUCUAUGUCUUCGUAUAACUAUCGCAAAGGGUACGAUGACUCGUACAUGCAUGGGUACUACCAGAGGGCGCCAGUGGAUGAGAGGGCGGGAGCGAUGUUUAGCGAUGACAAUCCUAAUGCCUGCUCGAUUAUGUGAACU